AUGGCAGCCUUGUUAGUACCACUACACGCCAAUACUGGUGUGACGGCCUACAAUCCAGGAUCCCACGGUGCCGACUUGCCACCGUGGACUGGACCCCUUCCUGGACAAUCGAGGCCUUACAAACGCAUCGCUCCUGGCCUUGAGCAGCGAUUGAAACGAUUGGAGGAGCAGAGACUGAGAAGGCAGCGGAUUGAGCGGACUAGCAUUGGACGUAUACCGGAAGAGCAACUGCGGGAGCUCGAAAGGCUGCAAGCACAAAGACAAGGGUUUGAAGUGUUACGGCGACCCGGGGCAGCUCUCCCCGUUCGUGUGAUGCCCGCGUCGGGCGGAGUGCGGUUAGAUGGCGGACCGGUGCUCUCCGAGGCGGAGACAUCCAUGCUGGAGAGUGAUGUGUCCUCCAUCAUAAGCAUCAGUGAGAGGAUGGCGGCAUCAGACACUGAGGAGGAUGCCGAGGAGGCUGGCCUGAGAGACAUGAAUAAGUAUAGGAUGCCUGACCUUGGCAAGACGAGGCUGCAUCUUCUAACAAAGGAGCCAUUGAGUCCAACACGACGGCAAGUGCCACGUACGCCUCGAAGACAAUCGAAAGACUCUGGACCUACCACACCUACCUCAGGACGAAGUACGAGACCACAAUCCAUGGUUGAGAAACAGGACUCUCCACGACCCAGCAGGAAUGAGAGUAAUGAAAAUAUUAGUGAUGGCGACUUUGUCGCCUCUGGACUGUCGCGAGCUGGCUCGAUAUACUCACUUUCUCGGGCAAGCUUUACUGGUCAGCUAUCUCACCUGACAAGCAUGCGACUACCAGACGCAGAUUCCCUGAUCAAGCGAAUAUCAUCAAUACCCACGGCACCGGAGGCCGCCAAGACAUUGUCGGAUGCUGCCGAGCAGAUCAGGCUAUGGGUCAGUAAAGCUGCAGAUGUUCUCAACGGUCUGAACGCCGAAGAUGAUGUGGAAUGGGCGGCUGCGGGCGGCAGCGACGGCAUCGAUGAUGUUGAUGCCGCUAUCAACCGCUUCGACAGACUUGUACAGGUCUACAUCUUGUCUAUCGAGCGGUUGCAGACUCGUGACGACACCACGAACUUGUCUUCUGGAGAUCUCACCUCGAGUGUGAAGCAGAUGGAGGCUAUCAUCGCGAGCUGGCAGAAGCUCAAGCACACACUGAAUGGUGUGAAGGAGCAAGUUGAGAUUGCGCUAGAGUGGGAGGAGCUAUGGAACAGUGUCCUGGGCGAGAUUGCACAAGAAAUGGAUGGUCUCGACCGCCUAGUUUUUGAGAUGGAGGAGCGGCGGCACGAAGGUGCAGAAUCUCUCCUGAGCGAUAAAGACAGUAUCGACAUUAGCGAGCUCGAGACGAUCAUUGAGGAGCGACCAAGAAAAGGACCGGCAACAACAAACAACAGAUUCAGUCUGCCACCGUUCUCGCCUAGCUCACCAAUACAGCCGACACCACAAGAGAACAAGGAGGACUCGAGCCUCCUAGCACUGUUUGCACGAAUGCAGCCACUUCGCGCAUCUCUUGACUUCCUACCGAUGAGAUUGUCCGUCUUCCAUUUGCGUGGGAACACCCUCUUCCCGUCAGCAUGUCUGGACCUCGAGCAGCGGCGAGACCAGCUGGAAGCUCAGUGGAAGAAGCUCGAAUCAGACGCCGAGAGUCUCCGACGUGAGCUUGGAGAGGAUCGAUGGGUGCUCGUGUUUCGAAACGCAGGCAAACAAGCUCUGAAGAUGUGCGAGUCAAUAGCUCGCAGCUAUCUCAAGCUGAGGGACGCCAUUGACACCGGCGAACAGUCAAGCGACUAUGCCAGCUUCAGCAAGCGCGUGGAGAACUAUGAGGCCAAGAAGCUGCACUAUGGUCCAGCCAUUGAGCGUGUGCUGGCAAUCAUCGAUCGAGGCGUAAUGGAUCGUCUCACUGUCAAUGGAGAGAUUCUCCGUCUACAGAGUGAUAUGAAACGGCGGUGGACUGGACUACAAGGAGACAUGCGGGACAUGGAUCUGGUACUCGAAGACGUGAACAGUGAGUGCAAGUCAAAGCAGCUUCGAGACUCUGUUUCUACUGUGGUGUCGACCGAACGUUCCGUGUCUGGUAGUCUUGCAGACACGCCCGGCACAUCGCCAGCGAGUAGCGUCGUUGGCAAUAGUAGAAAAAGCAGUUUUCAGACACUUCGGACACCGACACAGCUCGCGAACGGCAAGUCUCGACAGUCGAGCUACAUUCGACCCAGCACCGAACGGUCAUCUUCACGCUUAUCAACGAGCUCUAUACCGCGCAGAGCCCUCUUUGGUGGCAACAUCGACAUGGAUCUACGCGAGACGGCGUCACCGUCACCGUCUUUGACAGCGACGCGGAUACAACUGGGCCCAGAAGCGCCAGUAAGCAACAAACCACGCUGGACAGCAGGUAAGACAACAGGUGAUAGAGGCUUCUUGCCACUGUCAGCCCUGGAACCAUCGAAGUACGCCAAAGGUUCUGUCACACCAAAGACAAACUUCUUGCGCGCUGGGUCGAGACUUUCGACGACCCCAGCUUCGGCACCAGCGCGCACGACGAACGCACGUACCGUCUCUACGCCAUCGUCCCUACCUCGACCAGCAUCGGUAAUGCAAAGCUCGGGUCGCAAGUCCUCACUACCAGUGCCUACGCUGGCCCAUUCGAGCCCCCUAGCGCAAAAAUCCUCUAUGCCUGCGAUGCGCCCUGCGUCGCGCUUAAACAGCAGUGCUCGAAGGACUAGCACUCUCCCUCCAUUGAGUGACGAGGAUGACGCGGAUUCUGAGAGCCCAUCACAUCACAAGACUCGUCCACCUAGUGCUCUUGGCUCGAGCAGGAGAAGUAGUCUGCUGCCACCCAGGACGCGGAGUCGUGUCAGCGAUGUUGUAACGCUACCUGCUCGUCCAGCGUGGAAGUGA